UAUAUAUAUAUAUAUUGGCAUUUUAUUAAGAUUUACUUAUACUAUACUUUAUUAUCGAGAGUAUAUCACUGGGCCCCAAAAGUUACUCAAAUUUUUUAUCGAUAUAUGUUAUAUUUUAACUUCGGAUCGCGCUUUUAAUUAUUAUAUCCCACAUUCUAUUUGUUCGUGUCUUUUUUACCAAAACUGGAGCUGGGGAGGAGCUUUCGAUAAAGAGACUAGCCUCUGUAGCAUGGUAUUGUAACCAAGCAACACAACAUCAGUUUGGAGUUACCCGAAGUUCAUAUCAGGAUAGUUGAAGUAGAAGUUCGCUAAUUUCAUAGUAUUUUGGCAAAAUGUCGAUGGUAACAGCAUUACCAAGACAUGUAUUUGGACUCAGAGGUGAUGUUGCGAACAAUGUGUGCUACCUUGAUGAGCAAACAAUUGUUUAUCCGUCAGGAUCUAACUGCGUCUUGUUCAACAUCGACCAAAAGACCCAACGAUUUAUACCAGCCUCAGAUAAGGGGGGCAGCAUGACAGCGAUGGCAGUCAGCCCAAACAGAAGAUAUGUUGCUUUAGCUGAAAAAGGUGAAAAGCCGUCAAUUGCUAUAUACGAUCUCCAUUCCUUAAGGAAAAGGAAAGUUUUGUCUUGGGCAGAGACUCAGACUCAGGAAUAUGUGGCUCUUGCUUUUUCACCAGAUUCGAAAUAUUUAGUUUCCCAAGGCAGUAGACCAGAUUGGACUUUAUUGUAUUGGGCAUGGGAAAAAGGCAAGGUUAUGGCAAGCAUAAAGUCAUCCAACCAGCAAAAUAACCCUAUACACCAGGUAAGCUUCAACCCACAAGACAACACACAGCUAUGUGUUGUUGGUCAAGGAAUAUUCAAGCUUUUCAGGUACAAUGAAGGGAAUUUGAAACAGUUUGCAUUCCAAAAGUCAGAAUUGCAGAGGAACUACCUGUGUCAUGCAUGGAUAACUGAGGAGAGGAUAGUUGUUGGAACUGAUGCUGGAAAGAUGCUUUUAUUUGAGUCUGGCGAGUUGAAAGCCGAAUUCACUGUUGCUGGUACUUCCACCCCAGCAAUUGGAAGUGCUGGAAAUCUUGUUGGCAGACCAUCUGUUGCCAGUAUUUCAGAAAGUGUCAGCAUUUUAGACAACCCAUUUGCUGUCCAAUCUGUUUUGGCAUUUUCUAAAGGAAUAAUAUGUUCUUCUGGUUUGGGUACAGUCCAUCUUUUUGACAAAACUGAAGAUAAGGAGCUCUAUAAAAAGGCAAAGGAAAUCAGGAUCCCUCCUGACAGUCAGAGUGCUGACCCUGAGGCAUCAAGGAAUCAAGUGAUUAACUGUCUUACACUGAGUCCUUCAGAAGAAACAUUGGUGUCCAGCACAAGGGACAAUCAGUUGUAUAGCAUAACAUUGUCAAGUGCAGACCUUGGAAAGCAAGGAGAACAAGCAGCUUUUGAAAUCUUGUCCCAGUCCUUUCAUGUGGCCCAGAUUACUGGACUUGAUGUUUGUAUUCGUAAGCCAUUGGUCGCAACUUGUGGUAUGGAUAGAAGUAUAAGAAUUUGGAACUAUGAAACAAGCUCAUUGGAGCUCUACAAGCAGUUUCAAGAGGAGGCCUACAGUAUCGCUCUUCAUCCUUCUGGACUGUUCAUACUUGUAGGAUUCAGUGACAAACUGCGUCUAAUGAACUUGCUCAUUGAUGAUGUGAGAUCAUUUAAGGAGUUCACUAUAAGAGGCUGCAGAGAGUGUCUGUUUAGCAAUGGUGGUCACCUUUUUGCUGCAGUCCAUGGCAACGUGAUCCAGCUUUAUUCGUCAACAACUUUUGAGAAUGUUGGCAAUCUCAAAGGCCACAAUGGAAAGGUACGGUGUAUUCGAUGGACUCAAGAUGACAGUAAGCUCAUUUCUUGUGGAAUGGAUGGCGCUGUCUAUGAAUGGAACAUUGGCAGUCAGAAGCGUGAAGGUGAAAGUGUUCUCAAGUCAUGCAGCUAUACUUGCGUGGCUGUCUCUCCAGAUGCCAAAACUGUCUUUGCUGUUGGCUCUGACCGAACUUUGAAAGAAAUCACAGACAACCAGAUUCUUCGAGACGUGCCUGCAAACGACACUGUGCUCACGCAAGUAGCCCUUUCUCGAUCUGGCCGAAUGCUGUUUUGUGGUACAAACACUGGAGCACUUCGAGCAUUCAAAUUCCCACUGACGGUUCCAGGAGAAUGGAACGAGUUACCCUCUCAUGCUGGAUCGAUAACAAAGAUGCGAAUCACAUAUGAUGACCAGUACUUGGUCACUGUCAGUGAAGAUGCUUGCUUAUUCAUCCACAAAAUUGUGGACAAAGAAGGAAGGGGAAAGCGAGAGAAAGAAGUGACGUAUGCGGAAGAAAUUUUGAUUACAAAAUCAGACCUUGAGGAAAAGAAUGCUCUCAUGACUGAACUCAAAACCCGUGUUGAAGAGCUGAAAAUGGAAAACGAGUAUCAACUGCGAAUCAAAGAUAUGAACUACAAUGAAAAGAUAAAAGAGUUGACAGAAAAAUUCAUUCAAGAAAUGGAGUCUUUGAAAACCAAAAAUCAAGUUUUGAGAACAGACAAAGACAAAGAAUCUGCGAGGCACGAGGAAGAAGUUGGUGAAUUGUUUGAAAAGCAUUCGAGAGAAAUGGAAGACUUGGAAUCAGCUAACAAUAAGAAACUUAUGUCAGAGUAUGAAAAGUACCAAGAACUGCAGAAUAAGAGCCAAAAGAUGCAGGAGGACUACGAGAGACAAUUGCAAGAAAUGGAAGAUUCGAAGGAAAGAGCUCUUGAGGAGAAUACCGAAUACUAUGAAAAGAAGCUUCAAGAAAAGCAAGGCCAUCUAGACCAGACAACUGAAGAGGGUCGACAGCAACUUAGAGAGUACGAAGAAACCAAAAAGCAAAUAGAGGAGGAUGCUGAUAGGGAAAUUCUAGAUAUAAAGAAUAGAUAUGAGAGGAAAUUGCGAGAGGAGAAGGAAUCAAAUUUAAGACUCAAGGGAGAAACAGGGAUUAUGAGGAAAAAGUUUUCAAGUCUUCAGAAAGAAAUUGAUGAGCACAAAAGCGAAAUUCAGCGUCUCCACGGAGAGCAAAAUAAGCUACAGGGAAUAAUAAAGUCUCUUGAGAAAGACAUUUAUGGCCUGAAAAAAGAAAUUCAAGAAAGGGAUGAAACUAUUCAAGACAAAGAAAAGCGAAUUUACGAUUUGAAAAAGAAAAACCAAGAACUGGAAAAAUUUAAGUUUGUUCUUGAUUAUAAAAUCAAAGAGUUGAAGAAGCAGAUUGAGCCGAGGGAGAAUGAUAUCAAGGCGAUGAAGGAACAAAUCCAAGAGAUGGAAAGUGAGCUUGAGCGAUUUCAUAAGCAAAAUACGAAUUUGGAAUUAAACAUCGAAGAACUGAAGUUGAAACUGAAAGCAACUGAGAAGGAGAUGUACCAGGAAAGACAAAAGGUUCAUGACAUCGAAGGACUGGUCAAAAGAUUCAAAACUGAUCUGCACAAUACAGUCGGCCUGAUACAAGAACCAAAGAAACUCAAAGAAAGCAUCAAGCAGAUUUAUGUUAAAUAUGUCAGUGAUGAUACGCCAGAGCAAGCUGGCAUCGAUGCUGACAUCCAGCAGGAAUACGCAAGACAAAGGGAGCAUCUUGAAAGAAGUGUCGCUUCACUGCGCAAGAAAUUAGCCAAGGACACUGAAAUCCACAGAGCUGACAAUGUCCGAAUCAUGCAGGAAAACGUCAUGUUAAUCAACGAAAUCAACGAUCUUCGUCGUGAAUUGAAAAUGUCGCGAACGCAGGUGCAUGACCUGGAAACCUCUCUUAAUGUCUUGCGUAAACAGCAGCACGUGACGGGCAUUGGACUCCAACAAACCAAUGGAGUUAAAGAAAAGCUGAAAGACAGCAUCUUUGACGAGGAAGAAGCCAGGCACAUUAUAGACUUGCAAAAGCAUGAGAUCCGCAAACUUCGUUUGCAGAUCCGAGACUUAGAAGCCAACCUGGCUGCACGGCCUCCUUCUGGCAAGCUGCCUCCUAUGUCCCAGAUAUCGAUAUAAAGACCAAAUAGUGGAUUUUUCCACGGCUUUCCUGGAUCAGUGCUUUUAAUGCCAAUUGUUGUAAAUAUCCAGCCCAUUGUUAACCUUUUGUAUAUAAUUUCGACUAAAUAAAAGCAAUUGAAA